AAGAAACUGGGAAUGAGUACACUUGUAAGGUCCAUGAGGCCUUGCGAGCCGUUUAGAUGAGAAGUUGAAACUGCUCAGUAAGCAGAACAACCAAAAGAGUAAAUUGACGAAAACGUACACCACUUAACAGGUCUUUCAGCUGUUUAAAAAUAUGGCUCCAAGAGGAUAUUUUACCACAGGAAGUCUUUCAGCAUUCAUUUUCCUCGGAAUAAUCAGAGGAACUUUCUCUGUGGCGAUUCACUUUGCGGUUCAUUCUUACAAAUCACCGAGCCUCGUAUUUCUUCUUCGAACACCAGGGACUGUGGCACUGUAUUUUGUUUUUAUGGUUUUCCUUUCUAGUAGAGACAGCGAAGGCAAGGAAAUAUUCCGCAACAACUUCAGAACUGCAAAAAAUUACUGGAGGUUUGCUGUGAUGGGUUUUGUACAGCUUGCUGCUCCAUACAUGUUAUUUAUGUAUGGACUGAAAGUGUUAAAUCCUUCAACCGGUGGUGUAUUCAUGGCGGCCGCUCCAUGGCUGUCUAUUUUGUUAGAGCGAUUGCCUUUUCUUAGGACUGGUUAUCCAGUACCCACAAGCAAGUUUGCUGCAAUUGCUGUUGGCUGUGUGGGUAUCAUCCUUGUCUCUGUUUCAGGCAUUGGCUUAGCAGCAGAAAGUGAGGGUCACUGUGGUUAUAAAGAUGUACCAACACCUGAUACAAAUGAAACUUCAGUGAUGGAAGUCAGCAAAAGAAUUAUGAACACUACUAAUGUAACAGAUGCCACUGUAAGGAAACAAUAUUGUACUCCGUUCACAGCUACAGAGCUAGCAACAGCUUUGCUGGCUCUCAUUGGUGGAUCGUUGAUGUGGUCUAUUAGUUCAAUAUUUUGGCGUUCUAACCGAGGGAACAUUCAUUAUGUCAGUGGUGGUGUUGGAAACAAUAUAUUUGGUGGAUGCUUUGCCCUUCUCCUGUUUCUAAUACUGCAGCGAUUUGAGGAAAUUGAUCAGAUAAACUGGAGUGAUGGUGCAGCAGUUCUCUCCAUAAUAUUUCUCACAAUAAUUUCUGGUUGGCUGGCGGCUGUUAUUGUAGAUUACAUGUACAAGGAAGUUGGUGCACUGGUGACCAACCGAGUGCUAUGCCUUGUUCCAUUAGUAGCCUGGUUUGAAGACUGGAUGUUUGUCAGAAAAUUUGAGAUGCUGAAUGUUUUGUACGUCACUAUUGAGGUUGUUGGUAAGUACCGCACAGUUUACAUAAACUACUUUUAAUGCAUUACAUCAAGCACUGAUUAAUGAGACCGAUUUCUACAGGCUAAACAUAAAACUGCCAAAAAUGUCUUGCAAGGGGCUGACCAGCUGCUAGGGGUCUAGGAGGAUGUUUUACAAAGCCAAAUGAAACCCCUUAAGUAAAAGAAUCGAAUACAAUUAAUCAAUACAUGUACAACACCCAAAACCUUAACUUUCUUACAAAAAAGCUUUAUAUCUAUCCCAUCAUGGAAGUUUU